AUGAAGGAAAGUGGACUGAAGCAGGAUACACUCUUGGAUACGGCAGGAGCACACCCUUCCCAACAUGAUGACAACAAUUAUCACGACCCCGAUUCGGCUCUACCUCUCUUACUAACCCCCAAGGAAACCGAGUCCAUCUCCUGGACCGACCUCCCCAACAAAAGCCAGCUUCUCAUUCUCUCCCUCUGCCGCUUUUCCGAUUCUCUAUCCAACCUCUUCCUACUCCCUUACCUCUUUUCCCUCGUCCGCUCCGCCGUCUCCCCAUCCAGUACUCCCAGCUUAGCCGCGGGAAACGAUGACAUAGUAACUUACUACACCUCCAUCUCCACCACGGCCCUGGUGUCGACUUACUCCGGCAUCUUAGUGGCUGGUUUUCCGUUGACUCAACUACUUGCUUCAUUUCUCCCCUGGAGGAAACAUGGGGAAAGACUUCCCAUCAUAUGGAGUCUAGCCAUCUCGGCAGUUGCAAGCCUGGCGUUUGGGCUUAGUCGGUCGUUUUGGGCUUUGUCGUUUUGGAGAAUGGUGAUGGGACUGGCGAGUGGGAAUGAAGGGAUGCUGAGGAGUAUGGCGGGUAAAUUUGCUGGUAGGGAGAAGAAGUGCCGAGACAAGGCUUACCACAUCCUGUCAAUGGCGAGCAACCUUGGAAUGGUGGCUGGGCUGGCGAUGGGUGGGCUUUUGGCCGAGCCGGUGAAGGCAUUUCCGGGGUUGUUUGGUACGAAAGGGGCGUUGAAUUGGAAUGGAAGUGAGGAGGGAGUGAGGUGGAUGGUUGAAUACCCAUUUGCGUUGCCCUCGGUGGUGAACACCAUGUUAAUUGGGGUAGUGGCGGCGGUAGCUGCAGGAUGGUUGAGGGAAACGACGCCUGAGCAAGACCAGGCCGAAGAUGGCACUGGGUAUCUCCCACAGAGAUCAUAUAUUCUCCUCAGCAACACUUCAACAAUUCUCUCCUUCCACCGCACCGAAAAGCCCACACCCAUAUCUUCCAUUCUCUCCGCCCUUACAACCCGUACUCUCCCACCCUUGAUGUCCUCCUUCCUACUCACCCUCCACACCUCCGCCUUCACUUUCAUUCUCCCUCUCCACAUCUCCACCCCUUCUUCACCUUACAGUCCCCUCUUGUCAAACUCCUUCCACUCCCUAGUGCCCACCCUCUUCCGCUUCACCGGGGGGCUUUCCCUCUCACCCCUUGUUAUCUCUCUCUACCUCUCCCUAUUUGGGCUUCUCGGCCUCCUUUUUCGAGGGUUCAUCUACCCCCGGUGGCAGAACCGGCUAAGCACUGUGGGCUUGUUCGAGCUCUCGCUGGCUAUCUUUCCCUUUGUGUAUCUGGUGACUCCUUACCUUUCUUUGUUUCCUUGGGGUCACCAGGAUACCACUGAGGGGUGCGCCGAGAUCAUCAUGAAGUGGAUUGCUUUGGGGGUGGUAAUAGGGGGACAGACGCUGGCAAUGACGAUGGCGGUGCCUAGUGCCGAGAUUCUGCUUGCUGAGUCGGCAUCGUCGGAGGAGGGGGUGCAGGAGAAGGUACGGGUGGUGGGAAAUAUGGUGACGAGCCUGGCGAGCGUGGUUGGGCCGGUCGUUGGAGGCGUGGUGUAUGCGAAAGGGGUGAGAGAGGGAGUGGUGGGUACUGCUUGGUGGUUUUAUUUGGCUGUUGUGGCGAUUGCGACGGCAGUGUGGUGUGUAUGCUUUCAAGGGAGAGUGUAUGAGGAGCCCGUGGAUGAAGAAAAGAGGUAG